AUGGGGCGCACGUUUUUUUGUGAACCACUCGAUACCCCAUCAUUGUUUGCACCCAAAUCAGCAGAUGGCAGGAUCACACAACUCAGAGUAGUCCUUUGCCUUGGAAUUAUCUCGCCAGCUAUGCGGUUAUCGCCGUCGGAAAUCACAUCCAAUCAUAAAUACACAGCGGCUUAUGAACAAUGUCCCAAUGGUGUGUGUGUUUCCAACGUGAAGAAAAUGAAACAUUGUUCACGGUGCAGAAGGUCAUCGUCCAAGCGGUCGAUGAUGUGA